GGCCGCCCUUUAUAACAGAAAAAGAUAUGAACCUAGGUCAGUGUUUGCCAACCAGUGUGACUCCAGUUGUUGUACUAUUACUAGUAGUUUUGCAGCAGCUGGAGGCACAUUGGUUGGGAAACACUGACCUAAGCUUAAAUGACACAAGCAUCAAUGAAGUCUUAGGAUGAUGUCACCGGGGUCACCCAUGUGGGGGUCACAGUGCCCGCUGAAAUUACGGACAACUCAGCGACCCGGCAACCCUUGACCCCGUCCCCGUCAAACCGUACCCCACGUGUGCCCAACACCGGUCACGUGCUCCAGUUCUUACCCAGCUCCCGGCAGCUCCUCUCACCAAGGACGCCGCCAUUGUUCCGGAAGUGAAGGUGGCGCGUUGCCUUCUGGGAGCUCUGCGGCGGUUUCCUAGCAACGAAAAGGACGCGCAUGGAAGUGUAGAAAACGUCUACUUGUAUAUAGAACUCCGUGUUAACAUGGCAGGAGGGGACAGAGAGGACGAGGACUCCAUACUGAGUGUUAUAGUGAGGAGGAACCUGGAGCCGUCUGCACAUGGUGAAACACAGGAGAGGGGCUCUCACAGCAAAGACCUCCAAAAGACUCAGGAUCAAGCAGGGCGCAUGGAACUCAGGUCUCGGGCAUUGCUCCAUCUACACACUGUGAGACUGGACCGAGAAGGGAUCACAGUGCUGAAGAAUCUGGAGAUGGUGAAGGAGGUGAAGAACCUGUACCUGCAAGAGAAUCAAAUAAAGAAGAUUGAAAAUCUAGAUGUUCUGCAGAAUCUGCGGUUCCUUAGUCUUUCUUGGAACAGAGUGGAGGAAAUCCAAAACCUCCGAUGUCUGAAAAAUCUGCAGUUCCUGGACAUAUCCCACAAUUUGAUCAAAAAUCUUGAUGCAAGUGAAUUACCCCCGAGUCUUCUCAUCUUGGAUCUUACUGGAAACCCGUGCACUAAGGCAACAAACUACAGGCAGCAAGUACUAGAGACCUUGCCUUUCCUUCAGAAAUUGGACGGAGAGACCACGAGAGACUCUGCCAGUAAUGAUGAGGAAGAGGAGGAUGGGAGUAUUAGUGAUGACAGUGAGGAGACAUGUCUGCCCUUUGAUGCUUCAGGCGGGCUCUCAUCUGUGAGUCAGGAGAUAAUACAAAGGUCCUAUCAGAGAAGGCGCAGGGCGCUGAGAGAACAUGAGGAGCGCCUAUCUGAGCUCAGUGAUAUCCCAGAUAAACAGCUACUCAUUUCACCCAGAGAUGACGCUGUUAAUGCAGUACCUGAAGAAUGUCCCUCCACGUCUCUGCAGCAAGGGACCAAGCCGCAAAAUGUUAUUGUUCAUUCUGAACAGCAGCAUCAGAGUUCUGCUUUAGUCAAAAAGCAACUUCGAGACCAGCGGAACAAUGCCACCUGCAUGCCAGCUUCCAAAACAAUCACUAAAGAUCAAGUGUCUGCCUCAUCCUGCCGGUCUGGGCCCGAACGAUCAGGUCAAGGACUGAACAUUACCUCUUCUAAUAAACGACCUCAAUCAAGACCAGAUACUCUUUCCACAGGAAAAACUCGCACAGUUACUAUUUCUAAGGACAGACAGGCUAUAUCCGCUCCGUCCACCAGGAUCAUGCAUGUUGUGCCCAACAAAAAUACAUUGCAGGCACCCAUGAAGACCCCAGCUACACACAACCCAACCACUACUGCUGUUAGACCCCAAAAUGUCAGACAGGCGACAUCGGCGCCCACCAAGAAAACGUCACAAUCAAAAGAGAAGCUGCAGACGACUCAACUCAAAGUCACUUCUAGUGCUCAGGGACCGAGAAGAAAGACAUUGGGACUGUUUUGAUUUUCAGACGGUUUUAUAAUUGGUGAUUGUUGUAGCAACAUGAGUAUUAAACAGAUCACUAUCAUUGUUAUUACUGCCUGGAACAGUGAUGUCACCACACGGUGCUAUGUCACCACAGGGGGCAGCAGAGGGAGCUUCU